CUGGUCGCUGGGCGGCCGCGCUGGCCUGAGUCUCCGAGUUCCGCCGCCUGCCAGCCGGGGCAGCGCUCCCUCUUCGCUUCCCCUGCGGCCCCUCCCCCAAGCGCCGCGGUCGGGCAGCGCCUGGCCGGCGGCCCGCGGGCGGGCCGCCCCUCCCCGCUAUAGCCCACCCGCCUCUUAAAGCGGCGGCGGGAAGAUGAGGUUUCGGGAGCCGCUGCUGGGCGGCAGCGCCGCGAUGCCGGGCGCGUCCCUGCAGCGGGCCUGCCGCCUGCUCGUGGCCGUCUGCGCGCUGCAUCUUGGCGUCACCUUCGUCUACUACCUGGCGGGCCGCGACUUGAGCCGCCUGCCUCAGCUGGUCGGAGUCCCAACACCGCUUCAGGGCGGCUCGAACGGCGCCGCUGCGAUCGAGCAGCCCUCCGGGGAGCUCCGUCCCCGAGGGGCCCCGCCGCUGCCGCCUUUGGACGCUUCCUCCGAGCUGCGCUCAGGUCGCGAGUCCAGCCCAGAGGCAGACUCUCACCCCGGCCCCGGCUCCGCGAGCAACUUGACUUCGGCCCCGGUGCCCUCCACCACAGCGCUGUCGCUCCUCGCAUGCCCUGAGGAGUCCCCACUGCUCGUCGGCCCCAUGGUGAUCGAGUUUAACAUGCCUGUGGACCUGAAGCUUGUGGAGAAACAGAACCCAGAGGUGAAGGUGGGCGGCCGCUAUGCCCCCAAGAACUGCAUCUCUCCCCACAAGGUGGCCAUCAUUAUUCCAUUCCGUAACCGGCAGGAACACCUCAAGUACUGGCUGUUUUACUUGCACCCAAUCCUGCAGCGUCAGCAGUUAGACUACGGCAUCUAUGUUAUCAACCAGGCUGGAGAAACCAUGUUCAACCGUGCUAAACUCCUCAACAUUGGCUUUCAAGAGGCCUUGAAGGACUAUGACUACAACUGCUUUGUGUUUAGCGAUGUGGACCUCAUUCCAAUGAACGACCACAACGCCUACAGGUGUUUCUCACAGCCACGGCACAUCUCUGUGGCCAUGGAUAAGUUUGGAUUUAGCCUGCCUUACGUUCAGUAUUUUGGAGGUGUCUCUGCUCUAAGUAAACAACAGUUUCUCACCAUCAAUGGAUUUCCUAAUAACUACUGGGGCUGGGGAGGUGAAGAUGAUGACAUUUUUAACAGAUUAGUUUUUAAAGGUAUGUCCGUAUCUCGCCCAAAUGCUGUGGUUGGCAAGUGUCGGAUGAUCCGCCACUCAAGAGACAAGAAAAAUGAACCCAAUCCCCAGAGGUUUGACCGAAUUGCACAUACAAAGGAGACCAUGCUCUUGGAUGGUUUGAACACACUCACUUACAAGGUGUUGGACAUAGAGAGAAACCCAUUGUAUACCAAAAUCACAGUGGACAUCGGGACACCGAGCUAGCAUUUCGGUACACUAAUAAGAGACCUGAAAAUGGCCAGGGACCUUUGCUCUGUGUCUCUGCCAAUCUGCUGGGCUGGUCCCUUUCAUUCUUAACAAUCGGAGUGAUAGGCCCCCUUCAUUCAUCAUUCAGAUGCCUUUCCAGAUGACCAGGACGAGUGGGAUAUUUUGCCCCCAACAUGGCUCGGCAUGUGACUUCUUAGCUCUACAAGGUAUUUGUAAAUGUAGAAACCAUCAGCCUUUGGGGGAUUCUCGGCAUGUUCACAGUGUCACCCCAAAGAAUCAGUACGCAGCCCAAAAUUUGGUGACUGUGGGACUCAUUCCCAGUGAUAAACUGCUAAUUUGUUUUGAAAUAGGUAAGAAUUUCGCUUUAAAUUGUGGUAUUAUUACUUUAUGAAAAAUCGGAGAGUGCUGCUGAAAUCAGAUUGGUGUGAUGUUUUUUGUUUGCAUAUUUUAACAGACAAACACAAUCUCAACCAUUCUCAUUUUACCCCUUCCCCACCUUCUUUUAGUGGUAUGCAACUACUACAAUCACUGUGUGUGUGCGCGUGUGUGUCUUUUCGUAGCAAAAGGAUUUUAAAACUUGAGCCUUGGACCUUUUGCCCUGCUAAUGUGUGAAUUCCAAGGCAGCGUUAAUGUUCUUGGUGACACUAAGAACAAGGCAGCCUUGGGUGUUCUCACAUUCAGUGGCCUUUCUCCAGAUUGUCUGAUUUCUGAAUGUAAAGACUUUUUUUAAAAAAAAAAGCAGUUUGUAGUAUUUUAAAGAAAGAACAAAUCGGGUUCUAAUUAUGAUCUAGCUUGAUUUUGUGUUGAUCCAGAUUUGCCUAGCUAUUUAGUGUUAAAUCAUGGCAAUUUAUUUUUCUGAGCAUGCUAUAUAAACUUGAAUUUCUUAUGUAUUUUUAUUGUGGUGUUUUAAAUGUGGGGAGGGGAUUGAGCAUUUUUUAGGGGAAAAAAUAAUGUAUGCUGUACU